AUGGUGAGAGCAGCUGAUGCUGGAUAUGAGGUGGGACCCCAGCAUCUCUCCAAACUGCCAUCAGUUCAGACUCUCUUCAACAUCAGAGAGAGCCUGAGAGAUGGACCUGAAGUGAAGUUGGAGGCCUCUGACCUAAAAGAGCUGGAGCAGUAUUUCACUGCUCUGGAGGAAAGCCGUAGAAACCUGCAGGAGCUCCUGCAGAACCAGGAGGAGCAGCACGCAAUGGAGCUGAGGGCUCUGGAGAGGGAGAGGGUGCAGGAGAGAGCUGAGUGGGAGAGAGAGAGGGUGGAGAGAGAGGAGGCCCUGCUGUCCACUGUGCUCUCUGUGGCCGUCAGCAGGCAGAAGUUCAUGAAGGAGCUUAGGAGCCAGACAGCUACUCUGGUGAGCACUGCCCCGAGCAGAAAAUCCAGGAAGUGCUGGUUCUCCAAGAAGGUCAUCGCUGAGGUUGCUCCUCAGGACGCUCCCAGCAGCAGUGCCUGCAAACACAUGGAAGCGGAUCAGCUGGACCUGAAGCAGCUCAUGGAGCUGGAGAAGAGGGUCAGAGAGGCUGAGAGGAGGAAACAUCAGAAGGCUCUGGCCAAGGCUCAGAAGAGGGCCAGGAAGGCAGAGAAGCAGAACAAGGCUAAGAAGACCCAGGAUGACCACCAAGUGAAGAACAGCAAGCCCAAGAAGAGAUACUGGCAACGCUCCAUUUUAACCCUGGGCUGUGCAGCUUCAUCGGUUGAAGACUGA